AUGCUGCCUGUAGCACGACUCGCACGUCCCCUCUCCCUCGUGCAACGAGCAGCGGUCAGGGGCAUCAGUGGGAGCACAGCCCAACCAUGCACGGGCCUUCAGAUAACCUCUGCCUUCUCUACUGUCCCCGCACUUUUCCCCUGGCCCUCCCCAGCCCCCCCAUACGACUCGCAUAUACCACUCUCGCCCUUGCAGCGUGCAGCAGUGGCUGUGGGGGCGUCAAUGGGAGCUCUGGCCAACCCUGCGCGGGCGGAUCUGAAACCCACAUACAAAUCCCCACCCGCCUUCACCUCCCCAUCCCCUGUUCCUGUUCCACCCUCCAGCUCCCCUAUACAACUCGCACGUCCCCCUCUCCUCCUUGCAGCGAGCAGCAGUGGCUGUGGGGGCGUCAAUGGGAGCUCUCGCCAACCCUGCGCGGGCGGAUCUGUCCCCCUGUACGACUCGCACGUCCCCCUCUCCUCCUUCCAGCGCGCAGCAGUGGCUGUGGGGGCGUCAGUGGGAGCUCUCGCCAACCCUCCCCCAAUUACAAUUCGCAUAUACCACUCUCCCCCCUCCAACGAGCAGCAGUGCCAUAGGGGCGUCAGUGGGAGCACUGGCCAACCCUGCCUGGGCAGAUAUGAAACCCUCGUACUAUUCCCCAACCCCCUUCAUCUCCCCGUCCCUUGUUCCUGUUCCGCCCUCCCAGCCCCCCUAUACGACUCCCCACGUCCCCCUCUCGCCUCUCCAACGCGCAGCAGUCACCAUGGGGGCAUCGGCGGGCGCUCUGGCCAACCCUUCCCUUCUCUCCCUUCCCCCGUCUCCCUCUCCCCAGCUCCUCUUUACGACUCCCAUGUCCCCCUCUCCCCACUCCAACGAGCAGCAGUGGCCAAAGGGGCGUCAGUGGGAGCACUGGCCAACCCUUCCCGGGCCUUCAUACAAGUCCUGCCCAAUCCACUGUCCCCACACCUUCCCCCUCCCUCCCUGCAGCACCCCUAUACGACUCGCAUAUACCACUCUCCCCCCUGCAACGAGCAGCAGUGCCAUAGGGGCGUCAUCCCUCUAUACGACUCUCACAUCCCCCUCUCCCCUCUUCAAAGAGCAGCAGUGGCCAUAGGGUCGUCAGUGGGAGCACUGGCCAACCCUGCGCGGGCGGAUCUGGUGGCGGCAGUGGGGGAGACGACUGGGGUGGUGGCGCUGGGGCGCAUCAGGGAGCAGAUGAGAACGACAGAGGAGGGCAGGGCCAUUCUGGGGGAGAAACCCCGGGUGACAGACGCCACACUGCAGGCAGCAGAGCAGUGCGGCAGAGGCACCUUCGGAGCAGCAUACGCUCACUUCAUGCGCUCUCGUCGUUUUGAGCCCCACGAACGUCCCCCUGUGCGCUUCAUUGACGACCCUGAGCUGGCCUACGUGGCCACACG